GUCGUUGUUAAGAUUUAAACCUGUAAGUUAAGGACUGGGCUUUUUCCUUCCUAAGGCAGGGCUCGUGAGGGCUUUAGGCAUCUUCUCAAAUUACAACAUCCGCACGGAACGAGCUAUUGAAGUGGAAGAGCUGAGCUAUGGCGUCCACCAUCCCGGUUCUUCUGCUCCUGUCUGCGGUUUUAUUCACGGCGACAUUCGCCGAUAAUGACUGCAAGAGCUACAUCUCCAGCGCUGGUGUGCUGAAGCCCUCCAUUGACUGCAUGUUUUUACAAUUCUGUUGUGGGACGUGUGAUAACAGAUACUGCUGCUCCAAUCCAAUUAUGAAGUUAUCCGAGGAUGACCAAGACGACUGUUUUUUCAAUGAUUAUAAGUCCGUUGCUGUUGGCGUGACAAUAGCGGGGAUUGUGACCUUAAUCAUUAUGUUCAUCAUCUGCUGCGUCUGCCCCUGCUGCUGCCUCUACAAAAUGUGCAGAAACCCCAGACCUGUUAUGGGAGCAACAACAGCUACAGUUGUAACCACACAAUAUCCUCAGCAGCCUGUCGUUCAGGGAGGUCAGUACCCGCCGUACCAGCCCAUGCCGCCUCAGGCCGGGUACGGCGGCACACCAGCUUAUGGUGGACAACCCAUGCCGACGGGACCAUACCAGGGCCAGCCAUAUGCAGCGGGACCACCACCCCCAUAUCAGGAGACUGGAGGCCCAGGAUAUCCUGUUCCCUACAGCCAGGCUGCAUAUGACGGCGGGCAGGCCGCGUACCCCGUGCAACCACCAGUUCAGCCCGGAUUCGCUCACCCGCCCCCGCCAACAGGCUACAGCUCAACUCAACCAGCGUACAACCCCACCUACGUGGAGCCACCAAAGACCGGCUACUAAACCACAACCUGGAUUGUUGAUGGUUAUGUAGUUUUAUCCUACAAUUGCGCAAUGUACAUAUACUGCGGACAGCAUCCUCCAGUCGGGUCGAGAAUGAAAUGAUCAGUGUUUGCUAUCAUUGCCGCUUUAAAGUCUUUGCGUGUGCCAGCAUCGUUUUCUUUACACUUAAGUUUAUAUAAAUAUAUUUUUAUCUACUCCAGCCAUUGUCUGUGACUCCAAGCCAAAUAAUGUUUUUGUUUGGUUUUCCUCCACUAAGCAAAAGGGAAUAUGUUUUUCGAGCCUCAUAACUGACAUGCUUCGUCUUGAAAUGCCGUUAAGACGCCUUAAAGCUCGCAGGCUUUAUUUUAUCCUGGGAAUUUGCACAAAUCGUCGACACUUUAUUAGUUGGUGCAUUCGAACGACGCCAGCAUGCUGUUUAGAUGUUUUCACGUUGUACCAUUCAGGUUUAUGCAUUUGUGAAUGUUUGUAACAGUGUUCUCCUGACAGAGAUCCAGAAUAUGCCUUAUUUAAUGCAGCUUAUGCAGCAAAUUACACGUGGAUACCUUAAAUACAACGUUGGUUCCCACCAUGUGUUUGGAUUAUUUUAUGGAAUUUGUGUUUUGGAUGUUGUAGGAAUUCCACGUUUAUGAAGGAGGCGUCAACACGGUUUAUAUUUUUCCCUUGUGAACUCUUUCCUUGAGGGUCUGAAAAGCAUUUGAAUAUCGCUGUGGGAGGAAGAGGCUUUAUUUGGUACUUUGGUGCUUUGUUUGGUACUCUGGAUAAUGUUGCAACACGCUCUUCCGUGUUAUGAAGUUAGGUCAUAUGUUAUCAAUUCCUCUCUCUGUACAGUCUUCCACAGAUUCCUGUUGGGUGUGUCAGGUCACAUUUUUUAGAUGUCCUUGGUUUAAUAACUCUAUUGUAUGUUAAAACUGAUCAGUGUUUUAUGUUCAAAUGUUUAUAUAUUCAAGCAUCUCCAUGUUUGCGACCGCAAAUAAAAAGAAGUUGUGCUGGAACCA